AUGAUCUUAGCGACGUUGGACAUGGCGCCGAAGAAGCCUGUUUUCUGGACGACGGCCUCCUCCUUGAGGCGGCGGACCUUGGCCUCGAAGUCCUCGUCGUCGUCCGAAUCGGAGUCGUUCCUCGAGUCGUCCGCGAGGAUCUCGAGCUGGUUGGCGAGGUCCUCAUCGUCGGGGUUGUCGUCCUCGAUGGCCUUCUUCGCGGCGAACGCGGCCUUGGCAAUGUCGGUCUCCUCGCCGGUGGCUUCCUUCUCGGCGGCGGCGAGCAGCUCGGUGCGCGUGAGGGCGUCGUCGGCGCGCACAAACUCGAGGGGCAGGGCCGGCCAGAUGAAGGCGACGAAGAUGGGGCGGAAGUGGUCGCCGUCGGGCAUGGCGGCGUCGUUCUGCAUGCCGCCCAUGAACUCGGUGAAGGGGACGGCCACGGCCUUGUCGGGCGGGGUGUUCCAGCCGUGCGUCUGGGCGAUGAUGUGCGUGACGUCGUGGGCCUUGAUGUACUCGACGAUGGCGUCCGACACCAGGGCGCCCUUGUAUUCUAGCUCCUCCGUCUCGGACAGCUGGACUAGGAAGUAG